AUGCAAAGUCGAAAUGUAAUAAACGAAUCAAUAGUGUGCAACAAACAAGUCGAAAAUCUUCGACAGCAGCUCAAAGUUGAUCGCCUUCCAUUAUCAAGGACAUUGAUGGAACUAAAGCGAUACAUUCAAGAAAACGAACAAGCCGAUCCGCUUAUUCAUCCACCGGAUAAAAAGAACAAUCCAUGGGCGGAAAAGAGCAAAUGUACGGUCAUAUAA